UACCGGAGAGGCGUUGCCAGGUACAACCCAAAGGGAGGGUUAGUGAGGAGCCAAGAUAAAGUCGGAUGCAACAAAGAGGAUUGAAUAUCUAGAGCUAGCAGGAAUGGGAAUGAAUAAACUCUGUCCGAGAAACACAAAGCUAAAACAAUAAGCAAUCAAUCUUAGACAGCUCUGUGAAGAGAGAUAACCCAAAGCCUCAGCAGAUGGAAGGCGAUGCUGAACUGCAUACAAAAAAAAAGAUUUGUGUUGAUAGCAAACAGAGGACAGAGUGUUGGCAGCAUUCUCCUGUCGAUCAGAUAAAGUGCUCAGAGACGCUCUGGCUUAAAAGCACUGAGAAUUACAUCUUACAUCAUGCUGGCCAGUAAGCUGUUUACCGGACUUUUAGAUGCGUCCAGUUAAUGCUUUUUUGCCAUGGGGAAACUGCAGAGUAAGCAGAAACGUAACAUAUCCCGAUACAGGAUUGAUGGCGAUGCAGGUCACAGUUCUGUCACUCAAGUGGUUCAGCAAUACAGUCCUGCACAUAAUGAUGCUGUGACAUCAUUAGCCUCUCUUACAUCUGAUACCUGUGUGUCUGGAGGAAAGGACAAGACAGUGGUCAUAUAUGACUGGAAAUCUGGUUGUGUGCAGCAGAAAUUCAUGGGCCAUGAACGUGAUGUGACCAAGGUAACCUGCCUCUUUCAGUCAAACAGAAUCUUCAGUGCUUCACGUGAUAAAACAGCCUUAAUGUGGGAUAUGUACAAUAAAGCUGGACCACUACAGGAGUUUACAGGGCAUGAACUGAUGGUGUCCGGCCUAGCCGUGAGCCCAGAUGGUUUGAAACUAUGUACAGGAUCGCGGGACAAUUCCAUCUGUGUCUGGGACGUGGAGACAGGAGACUGUCUACAAAGCUGCCAUAUUUCCAGGAAUCUGGUGACACACAUCUGCUGGAUUCCUGCAGAAUCACUUGUAAUUCAGACCUCAGAGGACAAGAUGAUCAGAAUCUGGAAUAGUCGCGAACUCCAGGUGACUCACACUUUCCCAAUAAAACAGCACAUCCAAACAUACUGUGAUGCCAGUGCUGAUGGGCGAUACUGCAUUACCUGCAGCAAUGGUUUUAGCGGCGAGGGCUGUGAAGCCACACUAUGGGAUCUGAGACAGGCAAAACGUAAGGUGUGCGAGUACAACGGACACGUACAGACCACUACAGCCUGUAUAUUUCUUCCAAACACAACUUCUUCAUUUCCCUUAGUUGCAACCUCAGGUCAUGACUGCACUGUGAAGAUCUGGAAUCGUGACACUGCAGUCUGUGUGAGUUCCCUUUGCCUGGAUGGUGCAGGACCCCUGACGUCAUUAGCUUCCAGUGAUGCUGCAAAUUUGCUGUGUGGCAGUUUUAAUACAGGAAUUCACCACCUCCGAGUGAACCAUUCAAACAGCUGGAGCCUGACUGAGGUGGCGAGGUUCUGAGCAGGCAGAUCAAGUGUGACGAUGUAGCAUUACAGCUGGGAUCAUGCGCAGCAGGUCCUUAGCUAAUCAGCAGGCGAUGGGUGAAAAAAGCAGUGAGCUCUGGUUUUGGUCAGUUUUCUACUCUGAAUCUUGUCUAUGUAUUAUGUGGAUCUCAAGAAUGAGGAUUAGAAUGAUUUGGUUCUGAUUCAUUUAUUACACUGAAUUAUAUCAUGAUUCAUUUGUUCCUUAUUCUGGAAGUGGUUCAGACAGGAACCAUUGGAUCAUUGAAUCACCGAUUGAAUCACCGAUUGAAGCAGAAGAUGAAAGAAGGCAAUGGUUGGGGAGGAGCUGAACCCUUAACUGCUCCAGGGCAGGUUAUUAUUUUCUUUUAUAUUUCAAACUAGUAAGUACAGUGCUACUUCUGUACCCUGCUGAUCCCUCUUACCUUCACAAAGUCAUUACUGUCAAAUGUCAUCCAUAUGCUUACAGCAAAAGCAUAGCCCACUUGAUUAGAGUCUGUACUUUGUAGUGUUACACUAAGGAAAAGAAAAGCAGCUGUAUCCAGGUAUUCUGCAAAUCUGUUAGUGAGUUCAAUUUAGUCAUGAUCUGAGAAAAGCUGGGUGAAUAACAGAAAGAAUGUGGAUGUGUCAGGCAAAGUGAUGACAAUGCAAUACAGCAGCAUUGUAACUAUGCAGUGCCUCCUGCUGGCAGCUGACCUCAAUCUGGUGCUAUUCAGUUUGUACAUGGCUCCUCCAUACAUAGUUCCUACUGAAUAAUUGGCGGAGAACAGAGGAAAGAGCAUAGCUGAUGGGCGAAUUGGUAUUUAUAAUAUCAUUUCUGUGCUAUUUUAAUUGGAACGCUUCUCUCGUCUGUAAUGUUCUUACUGGAUUGCUUUUGUGAUAACUGUUGUGACACACCUGUCCCAGCAGUGAGCACAAAAGCAAGUUACCCUUCCCGUAAUCAUAGGAGAUUACUUGCUGGAGUGCAAAGAUGUACAUAACUUUGUUUUAAUUAACAUAGAAACGGAGAAGCUAAAAUUACUGAUCUUAAUCAUUGGUUUAAAAAAAUAUAAUUUGAUUAAGCAUUAAAAAAAGUAAAUUUAGAA